AUGGUCGCCGUAGACUCUGUCAGAGACUGCGCGUUUGCUGUUGUUUGCUACUCUUUUGAGCGAUGGACUCUGCUGAUGAUUGACUUUUCACCGCUAGAAAGAGAAAAUGUGAUGGCAGGCAGCCGGUUUGUUCUCUCUGCGAAGAGGCAAACAACUCUGAGUGCGAAUACCGGGAUGAGAGUGAGAGCAACAAGUAUGCGCAUCCGAAUCUGUCUACACCAAUCACCCCAUUUUCUGACUGCAGCUGGCAGACGAAUAGCCGUCGAGGUAGACCGAGUCGAUGAAAUCUUCAGUCGGCUCGAGACGCUCGAGUCUACCUUUCGCCAUGCAAUAGCAGUGCGAAGGGAUAGGAGCCCUGUCUCUACUCCUUACACCUUACCACGACAUGGAGAAGCCAUCAGUCCCGAAAAUGCAGCUGCCUCGGUCCCUUCGACGACCGACAGACCUGGAACCGCCUCGCUUUCUCACUUUGCCAACAAUAAUGUCUUCAACACCACUAUGGACAUACCCUUAUCCCAUUCGUCCACUACAGGAAACCUCCUUCGCUCAGCACCCGCCAAGGCGUUGCUAGGCCACUAUCCCGCUGACCUGUUUCUUCAUAUUGAACUUCGUCGACCUAUCCCCGACGGCCUGCAGCUCAUUCCAGUACCGACCAACCAGAUAAACUUGCCCACGUUACAACCUGAUGAGACGGAUAUCCUGAUACAGAACUUCUUUCGAUUAGUGCAUCACUUUCAUCCUAUCCUUGACCAGAGGGCAUUUCACGACUUGUACAACCGGACUAUUGAUGAUGGCUUACGUCCCGAUCUUGCCUCUGCUUUGGUCUUGGUCGUGCUGGCUCUUGGAGCUGUAGCCGCUGCAACACCGAACCUGUCGGAGCCUUCGUGGCACCCUGGUAUUCAGUAUUUUACUCCUGCCGUUCGACUCCUAUUGGCCGAGUCUCUGUGCUCGUUUGGUGGCAAUCCCAUCCUGCCGCAGGCGCUGUACCUGGCGGCGCUUUACUAUAGUUAUAUAUCCAGGCCUCUACUCGCUUGGAGGCUGGUUCAUAUGGCAUCUACGGAUGUGCAGCAUUACUGGAUCCGCUCUGAGAAGUUGCUCCGUGAUGGCCAGGGCGGAUCACAAGAUCAGUCAAUUCUCAGGGUCUUUUGGGCGAUUCUCGUCCUUGAAUGCGAUAUUCUUGCCGAGCACCAUCUUCCACGCAGCGGUAUUGAGAAGAUUGUAGACAAACUGCCCUAUCCCUGGUCUGACGGUCCAUCCGAGCCUUACAUGCACCGCUGGCUCGCGGACCUUUCAUCACGCCGCCUACUCAACCGGAUUCACUACGUGCUGUAUGCUGGUGCUGAACCGGGUACUGGGGGUGAUGGGGCCGAUGAACACUCGGCAGAUGAAAGUCUUCCUAAUCUGGCGAACGAGUUGAAUCACCAACUAGGAGGUUGGUAUCAUCUCCUCCCUCAUAGCAUACGGCCGAACUUGGAUAGUCCUCCAUCUGGGGUGGAUGACACCAUGGUUACGAUACGCUACCAUACCACAGGGGAUAUCAUUUUUAGACCCUUUCUGUAUCAGGUUUGCGCAUUGGCACCCGAUGCAUCUCCAAGUGCGACUUUACUCGAGAAUGCUGAAAGAUGUUUGUUCCAUUGCCGGGGAUACUUGAAUGCCGUGGAGCAUGCUGUCCGCGCCCCUACAGCUUCACUGGAGAACUUGCUACAUGGAACAAUGGCGGUUGUAUUGCUGCUAUCAUUCGCCGCCUUUUCCAAACUCGAACCUCUUAGAGUACCAGACCUUAAUCAACUACAAGAUAAGGGGAUACGGAUCUGUGAGAGAUGGGCGUUUCCGGGAUCGAGCAUUGAGCAGAUGGUUGUCAUCUUGCGUGCGCUGAGAGCUAAAUGCAUCGAUACGGGAUGA